AUGGGAAAGGUAGUUCUACAUCAAUUGCUUUCACUUUAUUUCAAUAGAGAGAUGACUGAUAACAUGGCAUGAUGAUCAGGUUACAGUAUAUUCUCCUCCCAUUGAAUGCAGAGAUGAAUUCUCUAACACUUCACCUCUCCAGACGAAGCUUUAUCACGUUCAGUGCUAUAGUGUAAAAUGGGCCUUUCACUGCAUUCUCUGGCCUAAGAGUUCUACAGAAUUUAACAUUUAUCAGGGAGAACAAUGACGAGACACAAGGAGGAAGCCAAGGAGACCUCUCCUCUAUCAGAAAAACCUCAUGGAAUUUACAGAUUGUUCCGUCAACUGGUACCUUAUGGAUUCUGUAAUGAAGCAAAGGAGCAGCUUGGGUUGGUCAUCCCUGUGUUCUUAUCACGAAUGAUGGGACUGCUUGUUAUAAUUGUGAGUUCCAUAUUCUGUGGCCAUUUAGGAAAAAUUGAGUUGGAUUCUGUUACACUUGCUUCAUCUGUUAUAAAUAUAAUCUGUGUAUCAAUUGGUUCUGGAAUGAGUGCUGGGUGUGAUACACUGAUGUCCCAGACAUAUGGCAGCAAGAAUAUGAAGCGAGUGGGAACAAUCCUACAACGAGGAAUUCUUAUUCUAAUGCUAUGCUGCUUCCCCUGCUGGGCAAUGCUUAUUAACACAGAGGAAGUAUUGCUACUGUGCAAACAGAAUCCAGAUGUCGCCAGGUUAACACAAAAAUAUGUGAUGAUCUUUUUACCUGGUCUACCUGCAGUAUUUCUUCAUCAGCUGCAAUUCAGAUAUUUGCAAAAUCAGGGUAUUAUAUGGCCUCAGUUUUUUACUGGUAUAGCAGUAAACCUCAUCAAUGUUGUUGUCAAUGCUAUUUUCAUGUACGUCUUAAAGAUGGGAGUGGAAGGUUCAGCUUGGGCAAAUACAGCUUCUCAGUGGAUGAUGUCACUUUCACUUUUUCUAUACAUAGUUGGUAAAAAAGUGUAUGUGGAAACAUGGGGAGGAUGGUCCAAAGACUGUCUUCAGGAGUGGGAUAUAUACUUGCGCCUUGCUAUCCCCAGCACACUGAUGCUUUGCGUUGAAUGGUGGAGUUUUGAAAUUGGAAGUUUUUUAGCAGGGCUUAUUAGUGUUGUGGAGUUGGGAGCACAAGCCAUUAUGUUGGAGUUGAUAACAUUGGCUGCCAUGCUUCCAUAUGGCUUUGGCACGGCUGCCAAUAUCAGGGUCGGAACUGCUUUAGGAGCGGGAGACAUUGAACAAGCCAAAAUGUCUUGUAAAGUUGUACUUUACUGCGCAGCAUUUGGUUCCUUGGUGGUCAGCAGUAUUGCACUUGCACUGAAAAAUGUCAUAGGUUAUAUGUUUACAACUGAUGGAGAUAUUAUUGCUUUGCUUUCAAAAAUCAUGCUCCUAUUUCCUCCACUGCACCUGUGUGAGGGAAUAAAUACAGCCUGCAGUGGAAUAUUAAGAGGAACAGGAAGGCAAAAAAUUGGUGCUAUUACAAAUAUUUUUGGUUAUUACCUCAUUGGGAUUCCAGUUGGAUUAUCGCUGAUGUUUCUAACAAAACUUGGGGUUAUAGGUCUAUGGAUUGGAAUAUUCUGUCCGUUGUUGCUGCAAACUUGCAUCUAUAUUCCCUAUAUCUUUUUUAUGAACUGGCACAAAGCCUGUGAAGAGGCUAGAAUAAGAGCUGGAGUGAAACCAGUGAAUGUCCCUGACCCCAGACCUUCACAAACAGAUGUUUUGAAAUCUGAUUAUGGAUUAGUGGAUAAUGGGGGCACAACAAUGUCUGAUUCUGGCCUUGAUGCUAUUCCCAUGUAUGACAUGACCUCUGGGGAAGAUCAUACAAAGCAACUGGAAAUAAAAGAUGAUCUACCAAUGGAAACAACUAAUGUUGUCGGUGAAAUCCUCUCCACUAAACAGCUGAUUGUUCGGAGGGGACUAGCAUUGCUUCUAUCCAUUAGUGUACUUUUGAUUGGUAUCACUAUUAAACUAAUUACUACCAGAAGGUAAUGCAGGAGCCAAUGAACCUUGAUGAACGCACUCAAACGAGUAUGCUGUGUAGUGUGUAUCCAGGACAAUUUUCUCAUUAAAGCCAGUUCCAGAAACCUUAAAGGGGAGUUCCAGCCAUUUGUAUGUUUAUUAAAAGUCAGCAGCAACAAAAA